UCAGUCCGAGCCUGUGGCUGGGGCUCGGGGUUUAAUUUGAGAUUUUAGACUCAAGGGCCCUGAAUAUCCUUAAUCCCACAGUCUGUACAGCUGAGCUGACGGGACGGGCCUGGCUUUCCCACAGCACGGUUAACACACAAACCUGUACACGGGCAGUGCACUAACGAGCAGUUUGCCCCUCAGUAUGAGCUGUGAACUAACAGGCUAACGUGAUAAUGCAGGCCUGUUCUUACUUCUUCUUUAUACGUAAUACAUAUAAACACAGUGAAAAUUUAUAUUUCACUAUGUAUAUGUAGUCAAAGUUUCAACAUCGUAAAUGUGUUAAACAGAGGCUUUAGAUAGGCUUUUCACUAGGGUUAAAAUGUGACUAUGGAAUUCAAAAUACAUUUUAAAAACCCCUUAUUUUAUACGUUUGUAUUGUAGAAACAAUCACUUCUGCCUGGGCCGGAAAUCUUCCAUCUGUGUCAGCUUUAGACAGACCUAAAAUCGGGCGGGCCCGGCUGGGGCUGAGGGGGCUCCUCCUGAGGGAGGGACGCGCUGGGGCCACUCCCGCAAACCCCGCGGGCCUGAGGGGCUGUUUCACGGCAGCCGCCUCAGCCGGCGGCGCUUUCCCUCCCUUCCCUGUGGAAUCCAUUGAUUCCCGUCAGGCAGAGCCUGGCGAGCACCCUGGAAACAGCUCUUCAUUCCUGGGAACAGUUUUUUUAAAGCCAGAGCAUCUCCCCUGGUUAUGGUAACCCGAAGGUUGCAGUGCCCUGCCCUGCCAACUCCAGCACAGGUAAACCCUAUUAGAAGAUUGAAUUAGUGCAACCUGCUUGUAGUAAACAUGUGAACGUACUGAAGAAGGGGGAGCUAAUUACAGGAGAACAGCCCAAAAUAUCAGUGAAAGGAACAGUUCAAAACCACAAGAAAGAAAUCAGUGUUGAAGCUUUCCAGAUGCCCAGACUGUCUGCAGAGAUUCACUGCCCCGUUUGGAGGAGACCCAGGGUGAAGGCACAGAGCCAGCAGCUCGGUCUUGAACGAUUCCACAGCGUAGCAAUCCUUGGAUUUAAUUCUCCAGAAUGGUUCAUCUCAGCUGUUGGAGCUGUUUUUGCUGGAGGAAUUGUCACAGGAAUAUAUGCAACCAAUUCUCCAGAGGCCUGUCACUACAUUGCUCAUGACAGCAAAACCAAUAUCAUGGUUGUGGAAAAUCAGAAACAACUGGACAAGAUAAUGCAGAUCUGGGAUCGCUUGCCACACUUGAAAGCUGUUGUGCUAUAUAAGGACUCCCUUCCAGAGACACAUCCAGAUUUAUAUACGAUGGAGGACUUCCUGGAGCUGGGACAUGACAUAUCUGAUGCUACUCUGGAUGAUAUUAUUAACUCUCAAAAGCCUAAUCAAUGCUGUGUACUGAUAUACACCUCUGGGACAACUGGGAAGCCCAAAGGAGCCAUGCUGAGCCAUGACAAUAUAACCUGGACAUCAGCACACUGCAGCAGAGCAGCAGGUAUGCAACCUGCAGAGGUCCAGCAGGAGUCUAUAGUCAGUUAUCUCCCUCUCAGCCACGUCGCUGCACAGAUGUAUGACCUGUGGACUGGUAUCAAAUGGGGAGAGCAGGUCUACUUUGCUGAGCCAGAUGCUCUGAAGGGCAGCUUGAUCAACACACUAAAAGAAGUGCAGCCAACAGCUCACAUGGGAGUCCCCCGAGUAUGGGAGAAAAUCAUGGAGAAAUUAAAGGAUGCUUCUGCUCAGUCAGGAUUUGUGAAGAAGAAAAUGCUGUCAUGGGCUAUGUCCCUUAGCUUAGAGAGGAACCUGAAUGGCUCAAACAGCAGUGACCUAAAGCAGCUCUGGACAAGGUUGGCAGACUACCUCGUGCUUGCAAAAAUCCGCAGUGCUCUGGGGUUUUCCUGCUGUCAGAAGCACUUCUGUGGGGCUGCUCCUCUCACCACAGAAACACUGUAUUUUUUCCUGGGUCUGAACAUCACCCUGUAUGAGGCCUAUGGGAUGAGUGAGACCACAGGCCCACAUUGCCUGUCUGGGCCUUACAUUUACAGGCAGCACAGCUGUGGUAAACCAGUCCCUGGAUGCAGAGUGAAACUGGUGGACAAGGACACAGAAGGCAACGGAGAAAUCUGCUUCUGGGGAAGGACUGUUUUCAUGGGUUAUUUAAAUAUGGAAGACAGAACAAAAGAAGCCUUCGAUGAGGAGGGUUGGCUGCAUUCUGGAGAUUUAGGAAAGCUAGACAAGGAUGGCUUUCUCUAUGUCACUGGAAGAAUUAAAGAUUUGAUUAUUACAGCUGGAGGUGAAAACGUGCCUCCAAUUCCAAUUGAAGAUGCUGUUAAAAAAGAGCUCCCAAUUGUUAGUAAUGCUAUGGUGAUUGGGGAUAAAAAGAAGUUUUUGUCAAUGUUCCUGACCCUAAAGAGUGAGCUGGACCCAGACACAUCUGAUCCCACUGACAUUCUCACUGAGCAAGCCAGAGACUUCUGCCAGAAGAGUGGCAGUAAAGCCACCAAGGUGUCUGAGAUUGUAGCCACCAGAGACCGGGCGAUCUACGGGGCCAUCCAGGAGGGAAUCAACAGAGUCAACAGGAACGCCACCAACAGGGUCCACUGCAUUCAAAAAUGGAUAGUCCUGCCAAGGGACUUCUCCAUUUCUGGGGGAGAACUAGGUCCAACAAUGAAGCUGAAACGGCUCACAGUGCUCGAGAAAUACAGGAAUGAAGUAGACUCCUUCUAUGAAGAGUAGGAAGUCUUUCAUCCAAGCAUUAAGAAAGAUCUGUGAGCAAAAGAAAGUAUUUUCUAAUCAAAAGCAUUAAUGGAGAUUUAUGCCUUUUUUGGGUCUGUAGUCUCUUGAACCAAACCACUAAAGCUGCUGUGUCAGUUUAGUUGUUCCUGAUACUCACCUGAUCAUUUGUCCUCUUUUUACAGAAGCAUCUACAGUGUGUCCAUUUUCUAAUACAUUUUUACUUUAUGACCUAAAUGAUUAAAACAUCCUUCUGUGUUGUAUAAACUGGGUAUAACUAAUUAAUUCCUCUAGACUGAAAAACUGUUCUUUUAUAUAGUGAUUUUCCUAUUUCCCUUUUUCCCUGUUGUUCCACAGGCCAUUGCCCAUAGCUCAGGAUACAUUUUGGUAGUUGGCAGUACUGCUCAAUAAAACUGCCAGACCACUCCACUGAGAAUUAUUUAAAAAAAAAAAAAAAAAAUCAAAAGGGCUGAA